CCUCCGGCCCUUAUUCCAAGCAUUCAUCAAAAUGUCAGUCAUAGCUGUCAUACACGUACAGCCAGCCAUCACAUAGCAACAUACACAGAUGGCGUCCCCCUCCCCCCGGUCUCCCUUACGCCACCCCACCACUCACUCAGUCGAUGCCCAGCGCCACGAACAGCCGUGUGGUCUCGUCGAUGUAACCCAGCUGCCGCCAUUCGAACACGCAGUCGUCAUCGCCGACGUGAGCGUUGAAGCCCUUGACCACACCCGUCACACCAUGGCUGGCCGCCUCGUCCAGCCGGGCUUUGUGGACGACCUCACGCACACCCAGCAGCCGAUGCUGCCCACCCUGCUGACCCCGAACGGCGAAGCACUGCAGCGGCACUCGCACCAUGACGCCGCCCACAUUGGCCAUGUCGCCGAUGACCUCCCUGUUGCUGGAUGUCCGUGUGGCGGCCGACUUGACGAAGUGCGCCACGGCCGCCUUGACGCGGCGCCUCAGCGUCGAGUCGCUGAUGAGGUACUCGUCGAUGGCCGCUGCUGCAGCGGGCGGCUCGUACAGGAAGGCGCCGAUCUUCCAGCCGAUGGCCUCUGCCUCGUGUGGUCCGAAUGAGAGGGGGGAGGGGGCGGGGUCUCUGCCGUCGUGGUGGGGGGCGAGGGGCAGCAGACGGGCGAGCAGCAUCGAGUGGUCGCGCUGGGGGGCGAGGGCGGUGUUGAUGGCCGACAUGGUCACAUCAGACAGACCAUUCAGCACCGUGGCAUACUCGGCCAGCACCAGCUGGCGCUCACGUCGCUGCACGUGGCUGGCUGCUCGCAUGCGCAUUAUGGACGGGCCGGCGCCGACUCUCAGGAUGGUGCGGAUGAUGGUCUGAAGAUUGGGAAUGUCCCGUGUGCGGAUGUCCUCCUUGAUGUCUUCUGCCGUGCCGUCGUCAUCCACGCGCCGAUUGUAAUGAUCGAGCCGACCGGCAGCGAUGGCGAGAGGGGUGCUGGUGGGGACACUGGUCGUCCCCCUGUUGAUGUCGUCAGCUGGCAGAUGGCCACAUAGCCACUCAGUGACGCGAAGAGAUUCGUGAAUCACAGCUUCGUGCAACGGCGUGUCGCCAAAACCGCUUGUUGAAUUGAUUGUGGCGUUGUUUUCCAGCAGUAGGUCCAUGUACUGGUAGAUAAAGCACUGAGAGAAGCGACCUCUGUCUCUGGUGGCUGCCCAGUGCGCCAAGCCGAAGCCGCCAGGACCUCGUUCAGUCGCCAGUGUGCUGUCGAGCUGGAUGAGCCGGCGGUAGAUGGCCAUCAGCAAUCUCUCACACUCGGGGGUAGGCCGACACAUACUGUGGUCCUCCGGCAGCCGCAUCACCAGGAAUCCGCGAAGCUGGACGCCCCGUUGCAACAGAAGCCUCACUGCCGGCCUGUUGGCCGCCGCAACCGCGACACGGAUGGGUCUUGACUCCCUGUUGGCGAAUCGGGCAUUGACGUCGGCCCCGCCGUCGAUCAGUGCGGUCAUGACGGCAUCUUGGAGCUGAGGAGAUGGCCAGCGGGGCAGCCUGACGGGAAGCCGCCCAUUGUCUUGUUCCUCUGCCCAGAUGGACGGGAUGGUGGACUCGGUCAUGUCGUCAAUGACAAGAGAUAGCAGCGGAUAAACCCCAGCCAUUGCCUCUUUGUCUUCACCAUCACCGCCGUCCUCCAUGUCGUCCGCCCGGUGCCGCAGUGAGGGCUCGACACUCGGGUUCGCCCCCUGCUGGAUGAGCUGCGUCACUUGGUCUGCAUCGGUGAGUGUGCGGCGGAUCACACCGGUAGCAAGCUCCCGAGUGGAAUCGCUGGUGCCCUCAUCGAACUGGGUGUCGACGCCAUCUAGUUGCAGCCACGCUGACAUACCUGCGACACACACAAGCAGGCACACAGGCACGGAUGAGCCCUCAGCACUGAGUCAGCAGCCACAUGGGAAUGAUCUUGCUUUGAUGUUGGCCGUACCUGCGUCGGCAAAUGUGCUCUUUGACGAUGAGGUGGCCUCAGAGACCACGGCGUCGUCGCACACACCGUCGUCGCACACACCUGCAGAAGACACAGCACGAUGAACUGUUGACUCGUUUUGCCGCCGCCUGAAGGACAUGAUUGUCCGCUUGCCUCCCAAUUUCUUGCUUCUCACUUCACUUCCAGGCACAAUUCUCCGAUGUGUCAGGAGAUGUGUCAGGGGGUAGGCACACUUCUUCGGUUCUGCUCUCCCGCAACGGCAGCAGUUUCAUGGAGCACCCUAGGCGGCCGGAAAACCUGCGAGCUGGUGCCUCGGAAGAGGUUCACCAGUGUGUACCCUUGUCUAGAGCAUUCGGUUGAUUGACAAGAGGGAGGGAGAUGCUCGUUGUUUGGUCCUCGUCCUUCGUUUCAUUUACAAUUUGCCGCGAUUUGGCCAGGAUCAUCUUCGCGUUCAU